CGAGAUAUCGAGAUUAUUAUGCAAAUUUUCGAAUUCAAAUCAACGCGAGCCGUAUGAGCUUCACAUUUUUACAAGUACAAGUAUUUCAUUAAUAAAUUAUUGCAAAAUCGCAUAGGGUGCGUAAGUACUUUGUUUAACGCAACGAUAAAUAGUAUAAGCCUAUUAAUUACAGAACAUAAAACAUUCAUCCUUAUCCCCGCGCGAAAGUUUCCCCCGGUGCAAAAAUCCAGCAGAAUUAUUGAAGCAAACCAGAAAGCAUUACUGUCCGGCCAACUAAUUAUUGCCCCGGCACAAUGCGAUUUAUCGCAGCAGCGGCAACUCUAAAUCCCGCAUGCAUCCUCCUGCGCGACUCUAUAUAUCUACAAUAAAUCCGGGCCGAUAUCAAAGAAUAAAAUUCAAUCCCCCCCGAGCUUGCAUAAAUCGCUGCAGCCAUUCUCCCACACACACGCGCACACGUUAUAUACCCUCAGCGGCUCGUCUCCAUCAAUCCCAUAGGUACACCUACUCAAACGAAAUCGCCGCCGCUGCAUCAUUUUUUACCCUAUAAUCACGCGGGGAGUGUCCUGUGGAGGGGCGUGUCACAUGACGCUCCUCCCGGCGAAUCGGCGCGAGCUGUCCCUCCUCGAGCUCGUGCCCCUCCACCAUACACGCGAGUGAGAGAGCGCGCGCGAGAGAAAGAGAGAGAGAAAGAGUGGCUGGCCAGGACAGUUUGAGAGCCGCAGUCAGCGACUGCACCACGAUCCUGCCAGAGUGUGUUCCUCCGCGCUGUAUACGACCUAACCUCUUAUCGCUCGCUCGGCCCUCCUUCGCGGAAUUCCUAUGUGCAGUUUCUUUUUGCUCUCGGAUUGUAGCGCACAGACAGGAACGCUGAGGACGGAUGGACUUUGUGCGGCUUUAAACGAUAUUCUUGUGAUUACUGUUGGUGCUUCUAACCUAUAUGGUGCUGUAGUGUCUGACCUGUUGGAACGAGGAGCGGAGAGAAGACAAAGACUGGUAUAAGGUCGACACAUACUCACGACGACUUUGAAGUGCUGGAAUUGAAGUGCGGGUAUUGAACAUCGACGAUCGAGCCAGUGCGUGCAGAUAUCCACGAGAGUAUAGAGACACUCCGUUUGCGUGUGGUUUUCGCGUCCAAAAGUUUCGACCGACUGGACAUGUCGAGCUGCUGCUGCUGAUUAUGCGAAACUUGGACGGAUUCAACUGACUCCGCGGCGGUUUGAGAGACUUUAUACUUCAAAAAAUGCAAAUGCUGAGGAGGUAGUUACGGCGUGGAGGGAUAAUGUUCCACGGGAGCGGGAGCGGCGGCUACGGCGCGAGUUCCGACUACCAGCAGCAAAGCCAACAAGCGGCGGCAGUGGCAGCAGCUCAGCAGCAGCAACAGCAACAGCAGCAACACGCCCAGCAGCUUCAGGCUCCCGUCUAUGUGCCUUCGUCCAGGCCCACGAUACCAUCGUCAACCACGGCGGCGCAGUAUCACUCUUUUCCCUCUUCGGCCUCGCCGGCUUGGGAAAAGACAGCCUCGUGGCAACACGGCGUUGAGAGCUACGCGCACCAUGCGUUGGCAGGUCACACGGGCAGCUCGACGGCCGGGAUGGGUCCGCACACGGGUCACGCGCACCCUCACGCGGCCCACCCUCACACGGCUCACCCUCACUCGAGUCUCGCCGCAGCAGCGGCCUCGCCCUUCUAUGCCCAGAACGUCGCGAUGAUGUCGUCCUGGAGGGCUUAUGACAGCGCUGGAUUUCAGCGGGCUUCGCCUUACGACACAGCCAUGGACUUUCAGUUUAGCGAGGGCCGGGAGUGUGUGAAUUGCGGAGCCAUAUCCACCCCUCUGUGGCGACGCGAUGGCACCGGCCAUUACCUCUGCAACGCCUGCGGACUGUACCACAAAAUCAACGGGAUGAAUCGUCCUCUCAUCAAGCCUACGAAACGCCUGAUCUCCGAAUUCCAGACGGCGACGCGGCGGUUGGGCUUGUGCUGCACGAACUGCGGCACGCGCACGACGACCCUCUGGAGGCGCAACAACGAGGGCGAGCCGGUCUGCAACGCCUGCGGUCUUUACUUCAAGCUUCACGGGGUCAACCGACCGCUGGCUAUGAGGAAGGACGGCAUACAGACGCGCAAGCGCAAACCCAAAAAAACGCCAGAACCCAACGCCAGGCAAAACCCCGGGGAACAUGAUAACAGCACCUCCACUGCUUCGUCGCCUUCAAAUGAGCUAAAAAGCAAUCAUCACCAGCAGCACCAGCCACCUCACCAGCAGCCUCACCAGCAGCAACCUCAGCAGCACCAACUGGACAACAAAUCCUCCUCGACGAAUCCGUCGUCCUCAUCCUCGGAUCGCCCGGUCUACCUUGGCCACACGUCUCUUCUAUCCUCCAGCGGUGGUAGCACGUCGGCAGCGGGUUCGAGCAGUUUGCCGACGGUGAAAACAGAGCCUCGUAGCUGCGACGCCGGUGUCAUCGGUCAGCCUUACUCGGCUUACUACCAACAUCCCCAUCAACUAGCCGCCCCGACGAGCGAACACCAGCAGGCGAAUUAUUACGCCGCAGCGGCGCAGGAAGCGCCGUAUCAUCAUCAGCACCACGUCACCGCAGCCGCUAAGCUACUCGCGUCGUCCUAAGGACAUUCAGCCGAUUUUAUCCGAUUUAUUUGCUUCGUAUAGGAUUCUUUUUUUACGAUUUUUCCGAACUCAAGUCAGUUGUGUCUAAUGCGAUGAUAAAUGCUGCGCGACUUAUGAGAGCAUUGAUUUUUAAAGAAAUCGGUAUGGUAUAUUUAUGAAUAUUUCUGAGCUUGUAUUUAAUUGAGAGAUGGAUUGGAAACUUGACGGAUUGAAGAUCGGAAAUUUAAUUAUUGAUUGACUGUGAUAUUUGUUUUCUCACCGCGAAAUUUCUCGUGACAGCUUCGACGAUUUACUCAUUCAAUGGACAAAGUUGUAUUUUGCACCGAACAAAGACUCGUGAAGCUCGGCAAUAUUCAUAUAAAUUUCGAGUUUGCAACGAAAUUCAAGUUAUCAAUAAUUUAAGUACUAAUUACAAAAUUUCAAUGUCCUCUAAUUUGCUCUUACGGAAAAGAUCGUAAUACCUUUAACGGCAAUCGAAAAACGUAUCGAAUUCUAUGAAAAAUACAACGUGGAUAUUAGUGCAGCGAUACUACAGAGAAGCUCGCUGCAAUACGAAUCAUUGUAAAAAAGACAAUAUAGCAUAGUGAAUUUUCGUUUAAUACGUAGCGUUCGUAUGGAGUAUAUGAUAUAAAUUAUGUAGUGCAAGAAUUCGCAUGUGUAUCUAUGACUUCUGCAUGAAACACCUCACCGACGAAAUUGUUCACAGAUUAAAAUAGUGUUUUCUAAAUGUAACUGCGCUGUAGUAUACCAUGCCUUGAAAUAUUCUUUGAAGUACUUAUAUACGUAAAUAGAGUAAAUUUAUCAGUUGCCUUCGACAACGGAAUUACAUACUGUCCCUUCAGUAGAUAAAGUUUUAAGGCAUGUGCAGGGAGAGAUCUACCUUAUCGACUACAGUUUCAAUAUAUAAUACUUACACACGGUCGGUAAAUGAAAAAAUCUUCCUCCUAUAAUAAUGCGAGUAUAUAAUAUAGAGACAUAAUGAUUAUGUCGUUGAACAUUUUUCCCAGAUACUUAUACGAUUAUUAGAUAGCAUAUUUAUCAUUUCGCUAAUAAUAAUUAUGUAAAAUAUUAUUUCUGUUAAUUAAUUGUAAACUUGACGAAUCAUGAUAUAUACGUACGUACUGAUUAAAAGUUAUGAUCACUAUUAAUUCACUACGAAUAUACUUGUUUAGAUGUAAUUUAAAAAUGCUUCAUAAACUUAAACAAUAUCCUGUCGUGCUGCCAUAAUAUUCAAAAAAUAUAGGAUAGACACGCAUCGUGUCGAGAUUAAAGUAUCUGUCGAAAAAAUUUGCACCUCUACUCUAUGAUAAACAAAUAUAGAAUAUAAAUAAAAGCAGUAAAAAUACUUGAAAUAACGGUUCGAUGAUUUUAAACUGAAAAGUAUUUAGCAUUUUUUUCAUACCGUAUAAUAUAUGUUAUGCAGUCCUUUUCGAGUGUUUGUGUAUAAAGUAUAAUAUCUGUAUAUCGAUAAAACAAAGAAAAUCAUAUAGGCCGUCGAGCAGUGUGAUAUUCAGUUUAUAAAUGUUUAAUCGCAUGAAUUGAGCGAAAGUUAUUAUACUUUUAGCGAAUAUACGUAACUAUAAGGCAGUGUUUAAUUACACGUUCUCCAAAACUGUACACUUUAUUGUACCAGUUUUGUGCAAUUAAAGCAAUGUAAAGCAAUUAAUUUAUAGAUGCAAUAAAACGUAAAUUUCAUGAA